CACACCCAACCCAAACCCACCCCGGGAAAUCAAGUUAUCUUUUAGAGUUGUGAAUCGCCAAAGGGCUUCUGACACUGUUGCCCACUGGCCACCCGUAGCCCUGUUAUCUUACACCUUGCGCUGCAGGAUGCUAGCCACAACGGUCACCUAAACUAUUAUCUGAUUGGCUACUUUUGGCCCACUACUCACCUGGCAAUUCCCGCAUAAGCUUCCCAUCAUUGGAUACGCUAAGCUCCGCCCACCAUCUUCCGGCAACUUACUUCCUUUGCCCUGAGAGAUUGUUCAGCACCCAAUAAGAGAUCUACAUCCGGGUCUGGAGGCGUUGCAUCUGAUAUUUGGCCCAAUAGAAGCCUUGCUGUUGGGGGCGGAGGACGACGAUUUGGGGAGCGGGAGUGAGCCUGCAAGAGUGUAGGCAGGGAAGAUGGCUGUCCUCGCGCCUCUGAUUGCCUUGGUGUACUCGGUGCCGCGGCUUUCUCGAUGGCUGGCCAGACCUUAUUGCCUUCUGUCUGCCCUGCUUUCCAUUGCUUUCCUCCUCGUGAGGAAGCUGCCGCCGAUUUGCAACGGUCUCCCCACGCAGCGCGAAGAUGGCAACCCGUGUGACUUUGACUGGAGAGAGGUGGAGAUCCUGAUGUUUCUCAGUGCUAUUGUGAUGAUGAAGAACCGCAGAUCCAUCACUGUGGAGCAACAUGUGGGCAACAUCUUCAUGUUUAGCAAAGUGGCCAACGCAAUUCUUUUCUUCCGAUUGGAUAUUCGAAUGGGCCUGCUGUACCUCACACUCUGCAUAGUGUUCCUGAUGACCUGCAAGCCCCCCCUGUACAUGGGUCCUGAAUAUAUCAAGUACUUCAAUGAUAAAACCAUUGAUGAAGAACUGGAACGAGACAAGAGGGUCACUUGGAUUGUGGAGUUCUUUGCCAAUUGGUCUAAUGAUUGCCAGUCUUUUGCUCCCAUCUAUGCUGACUUGUCUCUCAAGUACAACUGUUCAGGGCUAAAUUUUGGGAAGGUAGAUGUUGGACGUUACACUGACGUUAGCACACGGUACAAAGUGAGCACAUCACCCCUCACCAAACAACUCCCUACCCUGAUCCUCUUCCAAGGUGGCAAGGAGGUAAUGCGUCGGCCACAGAUUGACAAGAAAGGACGAGCUGUCUCUUGGACCUUUUCUGAGGAGAAUGUGAUUCGAGAAUUCAACUUGAAUGAGCUGUACCAACGAGCCAAGAAGCUCUCAAAGGGUGGAGACAUGUCAGAGGAGAAGCCUGGGAACCCUACGCCCACUGCCGUGCCAGAUGGGGAGAACAAGAAAGACAAAUAGGACCCUGCAUUGUUUUUGCUUCCUCUCCUGUCCAUUUCAGGAACCUUCGAGGCCCAGUUCCAGCUGUAACCACAAUCCUUGCCUGAGGCCUUUUGAUUUCUCCUGUUUGGCUGUGCCUAGGUGGGGCACUGUGUCUGCUUCUGAUUUUUAAAGAAGCAUCUUGGGAACCAUGAAGCAUUCUAUUACGAAGGGCUGUUCUGCCCUGGCCAACUGUUCCUCGAAGGGAGUAAUCUCAUGGAUAGAGGUAGAAAUGGUUUCCCUCCAAGGUUGGGUCAGUGUGUAAACUGCUGUUCAACACUUGAA